UAAGCCGUAACUAGCAAAAAUUUUUGAGGUCCAAUUUCCAUCCUUGUAAAUAAGCCCACUGCGUGCUUUCACCAGCUCACUUUCCUCAACCUCCUCCCAGCUUAGAACCAUGGCCGUCCCCGCAACCACAUGGACGGCGAUCUUCAUCAUCGCCGCCACGCUCCGUUUAAUCGAAUGCGGCGACAACAACCGCGUCUACUCGCCGUGCUCCGACACCAAGGUCGCCAGGUCCGACGGCUUCAGCUUCGGGAUCGCCUUCGCCUCCAGGGACGUGUUUCUCCGAAACGGCGCGAACUCCACCUCCCAGUUGUCCCCGUGCGACACUAGACUCUCGCUCUCCACCGCCAAUUCUCAGAUCGCCGUUUUCCGGCCAAAGGUCGACGAGAUCUCUCUCCUCUCCGUCAACUCCUCCUCUUUCGCUCCGGAUAAUUAUGGGGGAUAUAUGGUUGCUUUUGCUGGGCAUAAAUAUGCUGCAAGGUCUACUGCGGCUUUUGUUGCCAAUAGUACCUACACUGUCACCAGCUUUACUCUUGUGCUUGAGUUCACCAAGGGCAGGCUGCAGCACCUGUAUUGGAAAAGGGAUGGGUGCGCCAAAUGUUCUGGGAGCUCCAGCUCCAGCUUCGUUUGCCUUAACAAUCAGGACUGUGCAAUCAAGACAAAUAGCUGCAAAACCCAUGGAGGCACUGUGGAUUGCAGCCUCGGGAUCCAGUUGGCAUUUUCUGGGACGGAUAAGCACCUAUCGGUUCUGAACUCAUGGUAUGAAGUACAGAACCUUGGUCAGUACUCCCUUUAUGGGCUCUAUUCAAAUCUGAAGGAUUCUCUCACUAGCCAGUAUAACAAGUUUUUCUGAUGUAAAACUGUUUCUGUCAGAUUCUUGUAAUUUUUUUCACUACCCACUCACUAGGUUUGAUCGUUCACUUCUUUGUGUUUCAUUUGUAUGCUGUUGUAAAGUAAAUCAAAUUUGAGGAUCAUUGUGAUUAGAGGAAAGAGAUAUGAUUUUCAGUAACA